CAAAACUCUUUUAUGGAAAACGGUUUCAUCGCGGGACCUUGGGAACUCGGCGAAAUCUUGUGACUCACUAACCGACUGGAGCUAAUCGAAUCUCGUGCCGCUCUCGCAAAGUCGUGAACUCACACAACCCUCACUCUCACCUCACACUUCACGCAAACACGCGACGACAAAUCGCAACAAUGGCUCGCCCCAUGUCCUCCUUCAACGACAUCGAGUCUCCCGUCAACACCCUGGCGAUCGAAGAACUCAAGACCAACACCAAACGCACCGGCAUCUGCACCGGAUUCGCCCUCGUGUUCGGCUUCAUCGGCUUCAUCAUGGCCGCCGCCGCCGUCGCCGGCGUCAGGCAGCUCAUGAUCGAGUCCCACGACACCCCCGGCGCCAUCCUCACCGUCGGCAACGCCAGCCCCCUCAAGGGCUACAGCAAGGCGCACUCCCUCUACGCCGGUUCCGGUUCCUGGACCUCCAAGAAGAACCUCCCCGUGGCCCUCUCCGACUACCAGGCGGUCUCGCACAAGACCCACGUCUACAUCAUCGGCGGCCAGAAGGGCUGCAACGGCACCAACUGUGCAGGCACCGUCGUCAACACCGUCUACCAGUACGACACCAAGCUCGAUAAGUACACCGCCAAGGCUUCGAUGCCCGAGGUACGCUAUCGCUACGCCUCCGCGGUGGUCGGCGAUAAGAUUUACAUAAUCGGCGGCCUCACCGCGGACACCGUGACCGGCAUGCUCAAGACGACGCUCAUCUACGACAUCACCAACGACUCGUGGUCUUACGGACCGGAGCUCGCCGAAGGUCGCUCCGACACCUGCGCGGGCGUCGUCGACGGCAAGAUCUACGUCGUCGCCGGCUACAACUCCAUCGACCCGGUCAAGGUUUUGGACACCGUCGAGGUUCUCGACACGAAGGCUGCCACCCCCGCGUGGGCGACCGCGCCGAAGCUUCCCGCCCCCCGCGGCGACGUCACCUGCGCCUCUGCCGGCGGCAAGGUGUACGCCAUCGGCGGGUACUACGACCCCACCGCCACCUGGAAGGCGACCGCGUUCGCCAACACCAUGUACGAGCUCACCCCCGGCGCCGCCGCCUGGGCCGAGAAGGCCAAGAUGCCCUCCUCGCGCGGCGACAAAGCCGCCGUCACCAUGUCCGACGGUUCCAUCAUCGUCGUCGGCGGCGAGACCCACGCGCGCGAGCAGCAGAGCCAGGUCGCGGCGCACCCCGUGGAGCAGUACUACCCCGCGCACGACACGUGGGUCGCGAAGGCUUCCAUCCCCACCGCCCGCUUCCGAUUCGGCGCCGCCGUCGUCGACGACAUCGUGUACGCCAUCGGCGGUCACCGAGUGUGCGAGACCGACUGGUCCACGUUCGCGUCCGACUGCGCCGAGAAGACGCUCGACUCCGUCGAGGCGCUCCUCGACGUCGCCCACCCCGACAUCUGGGUGCACACCAACUGAGCCCGCCGCGUGGCACGACGCGUGAAUAACGAGUCUCGCGACUCGACCAACUCUUUUCAAGCAACUCUUUUCGGCACCUCGACGAUCAAUAUGAUAUGAUAACGACUCGAGCUC